AUGUCUCCUGUCACAAGGGAAAAUACCAGAUCGCGUUCUAUACACACUGGAAGACGAUUAAAACUUUAUAAACUCAACUUUCUUGAAGUUAGUUUCGAAAAUGCAAGUUUCAAAAGCAUGAUGCAUGCCUCGACUCCUUUGGGGAAAUGUAUAAACAAUUAUUCCAAACAGCCAGCAACAUAUCUCCAAGGGUGGGCAAUUGAAGCAGGUGCGGCCGCUAACUUAAAGAUCGAUUUUGCAACAUUUAUAAUCGAUCUUCAUCCAACUACGAAAGUUGAAUUUGGUGUUUCUGUUGGUCUAAGUGGUCUGUUUAGUUGCGAUGUCCCACCGGGUCAUCCAUUACAAUUUGCGUUAACUAGCGAACGUUAUGAAAUACUGGGGGUUAGACAGAGAAGAAUGAGAAUAACUAGAUUUGGAUUACAAGAGGAAGAAUGGGAGGAAGUACCUACAUUCACAAAAGUUAAUACUAGGAAUAUACAAAUAGCAUGUAUUACCGAUCCUAGGCUUGUGAAAUGCCCUCCAUUGGUUCAUUAG